AUGAAGCAAAAGGGAGACGUGAAGAUUGACACGGGCUAUAUAGCGACGGACAAUGGCACACGAUUUGGUUCCGCAGACAGGAGCGCCAAAGCAGCUCCCCGUGCGAAAGGACAGCCAGGCACAAAGUCUGCCUCGGCGACCUCUCCUCCAAAGGCUCGUCGCAAAGCGCCGGCCGAGGAGGUCUUUCGGCCUCCGCGGCUGCUGCCUAGGAUGAAGAAGCCGGUUGAACCUCCACCGUUGGAGACUCCCGGCAGCGCCAGUGGAGUUUCAACCACAUCGUUGGAUCCUGAGAGAUGUGGCUUGCUGCGUGCCCUCACAAUGUUCCUUGAUGAUGACGCGCCACAGCAUGAGGAAAAUCGAGAAGAUUCCUCUCCCGAAGUUGUGGAGGUGCCGGACCCCGCGCCCCCUUCUGCGGCAGACACCGCGGCUGACGUGGAAGCGACGGUGAGGGAACUGAUGAAGUUGGCUCAGGUGGUGGAGGUGGCGGACGGCCCACCGGAACCGACGCCAGCGCCGGCGCCGGCGCCAGCAGCGACGCCAGCGGAGCCGCUGCGCCCGGCGCGGAUGGCGCCUGGCCGGGGCCCGUCAGAGGUGGAAGCGACGCUGAGGGAACUGAUGAAGUUGGCUGAGGUGGUCGAGGCAGCGGAUCUCGACGACCAGCCGUAUCCCACGGCUGCAGAACUGGCCGGAAGCGAAGCGGAAGUGGAGGAAAGUGAUGGUUUUCAGGAGCUGGAGGCUGGUGAAGAGGAGUUGCAAGAGGAUGAUGAAAUUCUCAGCGACGUGGAAGGCGAUGCCGUGGACGACAGGCCUGCUUGGCAUCCCUCAGGCGACGACGUCGAUCUCAGCGACAUUCCUCUUCUGAGCUGAAACCGACCUGUUUCACCCCCUAGUUCUGCUGCGCAGCAUUGAGUUUUUCCUCGGCCUGCGAGCACAGCAUCAAACACUGCCAGUUCUGGUGGUUUUGAUUGCUGGAACGGUGAAACCUCCAACAUUUCAAAGGGCUUUGGGGGAAUCUAUAAGAAA